UUUGGUCAACUUGUUGUCGUGUGCGGUAGGUCAACGAACGCAAAAUAGGAAAAGCGCGUGAACCUACAGGUCGAGAAGGAAUUGACCUGCUAUUGUUUUCUCCAGUUUGCUCCGGUAUUCUCCGAUUUCCUCCUCGGCCUUAUACGGCCUUGGACUCAUGUCUGCAAGUAUUUGGCGGAAAUUGAACCGACAGGUAGAUUUGACGAAAGUGAAAGCUGCGUAGAAACGGUAGAAGGAUCACUGACCUAGGCCAACUCGUUAAUGGGCGUUUUUUUUUAAAUCAAAUUCCAAGUCAUAAAAGUAGGCUAACCCUCGUACAAUGUUUCUUUUUAAUUUAGUAUUUUAUUUUCACGCAAAUAACUGUACACAAUUCAGUUAACAUUUUUCAAUAAAUAAUUAAAGUGGAAUGAUGGCGAUGAGGAAAUGAGAAGGACUCUGAAUGAAUUGCUGUUUCUGUCAAAUCAUUUCAUGUCGGCUCACUCCACUUCUUGCCUUGGUCCUCUCGGUCCCCUUGAGCAAAUGCUAACCGUGAAAGGCCUGGGCGUGCAUUUCAUGAUGAAAAUGGUUUUGGUAGUAGACGGCAGGAAAGUUACAGACGUCUCCGUCACGGUCACUUUUUCGAUUGUUAUCACUUUGAAAUAUGCCCGAAUGGAUUCAGCUAAACCCGAUUUACCGGGACUCUCAGUGCCAUCCUGUUUGUGGGCAGGGUCCGUCCAAGAGGCUUCCAAUCUCAUGUUUGAAUUCGACUCCAAAUUAACUGGCAUGUCUGUUGGCUCCACUCUGAACAAGAACGAGCAAUUGUAAUACAGCGAGAAUAGAGAGCUAAGAAACACUCUACAGUUCAUUGUUAUAUUCAUACUUGAGCGUUAUCGUUGGUUGGAGUUGUACAAGAACGUCGGCCUCGUCCAUGUCGUCAUCAAAAGUGAGUACCUCUGGCUGUUCCAUUUGGUAGAUGCGACCGUCUUCAGCAUUUCCUUGUGGUUGAAGUCGGCAUCUGGUUAUGCAUUAACAUUUUUAAAAUUAUUACUUACAGUGGUGAUUACAAAUAAGACGUUGAAUGAUAAUUACUGUCCAGUCACGUUGACGAGCUUUGCACAAAUAACGGACGGAAGCCAAUGCGUCGCCACCUCGGUCCGGGUCACCGUCGAAGUCUUCGUCGUGAAACUCAUCAGCGGGUUGCCCCUUUUGAGAGCCGACAGCAAGUCGACUCCGUGAGGUUCCUCAACCGGGAUGGCCAGAUUUUCUCCAAUCAACACUAGGAAACUUGUUAACCAAAAGGUAACAAGGCUGGCCAUCGUUCUGUUUCUUCGACGACAAAUUGGAAAUUUCGGGUGGACGGUAGCGAGGUUGGCGAACGAAUGGCAGAGUCGUCCGAGUAGCACCUGAAGUUUUAAUACCUGAGGCUGAAUCGCCCAGCAAUUUGAACUCUUUUAACCUUUAAAGAAGAAAAAAAACACCUUACUAAACGAAUAGGAAGUAUUUACCUGUGGUCUUUCAGAUUGCUGACCUCUCCCGACCUUUGCAAGAACCAAAGGUCAUGGAUUGUUGUCUUCAGCACGUCCACUUGCCGUUAAACACGGAAAUAUCGGCAGCCCGAUCACCCGCCUAUAUAAAGCAAGAAGCCAAGAUCUCAAAAUUCAUCAUUCCUCACUGCCAAAAUGCAAAGCUGCUGCAUCUUGUUCUCCGCUCUGGUUGGCGCUUGUCUCGUCUUGGUUCCUGGAAACGCCAAGGCAGAAAAUGAGCAGAUUCAAUUCUUGUUACCUCCUAUUAACCCUGGCGACGCACCUCAGCCAGUGGCAGCCGUGGAUGAGUCAAAUGAGGAGGACAAGAAAUUAUUGCUUCCCUUGCUGGCACUCAAGCCACUUGUGAUUGCCAGCGGUUUGUUGGCGGGUAACAAGUUGCAGAAAAAGAAGCCCUCCACUCCCCGACCAAAUAACUCGGUCCCACCCGCCGAAAACACUGUUCUGGUGUCCAUAGGUGAUGAGACUGAUGACCAAAAAGAAGACACACUCGAAGAAGAGGCCAGGAAAUUGUUGCUGCCACUUUUGACUCUGAAGCCACUGCUGUUCGCUAGCAUAUUGGCUGGUAGCAAGUUACCUGCCAGUUCCAUCCCGAAACCGGGAAUUGGCUUUACGAUAACCAAACACGAGUCGGCCACAACCAGCCCACCUGUAACCACUACUCCCGCAUCAACUACGACCACGACCACGCAAAAACCUACGUCGAACACAACGACAACACCACCUAUUGAUAAUACUUGUGUCUCUCUCAACGGUUUCCCGUGCUAUCGCUUGCCGUCCGGCUGCGUCUGUCUCGUCAGUACCCAAAAGCCGUGGAUUGAUGCGUAUAAUUACUGCGCGGCGAACGGUCGCAAACUAAUCAGCAUUCCGAAUGUGGCCAGGCAGCUAGAGAUCAGCACUUACCUGCCUUCUGUGAUCGGAAAAGAUAAAGUCGAUAUCUUUUCAUACAUUGGUUUCUGGACGUCUGGAAUCUACGCGUUGACUGCGUACACCUGGGCCAGCAUUCCCCAGUACUUUACUUACACUAACUGGAUUGUGGGUAACCCAGACAUCACUAAUCUUCCCAGAGCGACUUGCAUCCGUGCAGCACCCGCCGAGAGCUACCAAUGGGAUGACAUCGAUUGUGGACAGUUUUUACCUUUCAUCUGUGAAUAAUUCAAAGUCUGCCACUGCAAAAAUCAGCAUUUCACAAUGCUCCUCAACCGCUCGACCAAGUUCUUCGGAAAAAUUGGUCCAUGAAGUUUCUAUUUUGCAUUCGUUAUUUAUUUUCCUACUCUGUGUUCUCCAUGAUAUCGCCUAUCACUAAUACCACAAACAAUCACAGAAUCUCUCAGGGUUAUUUUCAAUAGAGAAAAUUUGAUUACUACUCUCAGAAAGGCAGUCUUAGUGGUUCACAUUUUACUCAAAAUCGUUUCUGUUUUCGGCUCCAAAAAGACUUUGUCGCUAGAUGGCUUCUUUAUUUUUUUUAAAUUUUCAACCGCACCUUUGUGGUGGCGUUCGCUACGCCCGACAAAUUCGAAUCAAAACAUAGACAAAGUUUACCAAACAAGUGCCAAGGAAAGUUGAACAUUGCUCGCACACCUCCGAUCCCGACAUUUUCUUGCGUAAAAAGUCACAAAAUGACACUGGAAGUAUUAGCUGCCAGCAAACGAAUAGGUUCUUUCAAACGAAAUUGUUACGUGUAUCUUCCAAAAGAUGUCUGCACUCCGCAGCCUCCUCGCGUGUCCAACUACCCAAAAUGCAUUGCAUGUUCGUCGUCGGCCAAUGUUCUCUUGACAGAGUUGACACUUAUUGGCAGCGUUUGUUGAGUUUGCUUCAGAGUCCAAAGAGUUGAUGAAAAGAGUGCCAGUUAGGAUCAUCUGAGCCUAUUUUCUUAUCGAACAAAAGCAAAUUUUGUUUGAGCCUUUUUGUGUAGUUCUCUCUCAGACCUCUUUGAAAUUUGCCAGUGUAUGUUUGUGCCUGUAUGAGUGAGCCAUUUUAGGGUGUAAAAAAGGGGCCACAUCGGAAUUAAGCAUUGGAGCCUACCAAAAAUGGGUUGCCUCUUCUCAGCAGAAGCUGCGGCCAAAAAAUUAAAUGCCACUCUAGCUCGGAAAGAUGUCAUCAUGCUUCAAGGUUUUUCCGGUUCUGGCAGAGAUACAAUUUUCAAACAACUGAAAAUAAUUCACGGAGGCGGCUUCUCAUCGGAUGAAAUUAAAGACUAUCGGCCAUACAUAUACCAAAAUGCUAUUUAUUCAUUGCAAGAAAUCCUAAAGGCCAUGCCUGAGUUGGGCAUCUCCUUCGUCAACAAAGAGUUAGAGAUUGAUGCCAAGAUGGUGGUGGACGUCAUCUCGCGCAUGGAGGACACCGAGCCCUUCUCCGAAGAACUGCUGGCAGCCAUGAAACGACUGUGGAUCGAUUUGGGUGUUCAAGAAUGCUUCGCUCUGAAUGAAUACAAUCUAAAGUAUUCUGUUAAAUACUUUUUUGAAAAUCUGGAUCGAUUGGCAGCCAAGGAUUACCAACCCACGGAACAGGAUAUUUUAAGAACUAUUAAACGAACAUACGAAAACUUUGACAGCGUUGCCGUUAACGUUUCAUUAAAAAGCCUCGAUGUCAUAUUGUUCAAAUGCAUACAUCGCCGCUAUUUUGGGACGAAUCUAAGCCUAGAGGCUUACUUUAAGAACGCGACGACCAUGAUCCAUUGCGUGAACAUGUCUGAAUACGAUAAUAAUGAGCUCGAUCACGGAUGCAAAAAUGCAAUGCACGAGAAUUUGGAAUGGUUUGACAAAUAUUGCAAUGCAUUUCCUAACAUUUCUUCCAUCGUCCUCCUAUUAAACAAAAAAGAUAUCUUUCAAGAGAAAAUAAAAAAAACUCCUCUGACAGUCUGCUUCCCAGAGUACACAGGUGCGCAAGAGUACGAAGAAGCGGCGGCCUACAUUCAAGCCCAAUUUGAAGCUAAGAACAAAUCGACGUGGACGUAUAAUAAAAUCUAUUGUUACAAAACGUGUGGCAUAGACACGGCCGACAUUCAGUUCGUGUUUGACGCCGUCGCUGACGUAAUCAUCGCCAACAAUCCUAAAUCGCUGCCACCGACCUGAGCAAUUUAACUGUUUUCGAGCAUUCGGAUUUUAUAAGGUAGGGUUCUCGAGGUCAAACAACAAGAUGGAAUGGAAUAAAACGAAUAAUCCAUAGUGAAGAAAGUAAGAAGCCAACGGCCAUCCUUUCUUGCUUAUUAGUUUCAAGCGAAAUGAAAGUAAAUUUUCUCGAUUAAUGCUAGAUUCAUGCGGCUUUAUUCAUUACCUUAUGUUUAAUCAACCUGUAUUGAACUUAAAAAAUUUGUAUCAUAUCAGAAAAAAGCUGCCAUUAUUCUUUGUUUAUCAGAGACACCUAGUAGAGGAAUUUUACACUGCUUAAUGGAAUUCCUUCUCAUCCAUGUGCAUCUCGACAACAAAUGCCACAAAAGUUGUUUGCUUGCUUAUGUUAUGUGGUUAUGUGUUCAAGUUUCUUUGUUUUUAUUGGUUUUUAUAGACCAAAUUCAACCCCAAAAUGAUAUUUAGGUAAAUCAUUAACCAUCAAAUUCUAAAUGUUUAUACUUACAUCCAUAUCUGUAUUCUAUAAAAUAUUCUACAUUAAUGUGUGCCAGGCCUGCUGUCAUGUCAUCAAGGUUUUAAGCUAGCAUUAAUAGAUCAAUUGGAUCAUGGA